GAUAGCAAUGAGAUGUAUAAGGGGGCAGAGGACAGUAUAUGUUAACCUCGAGACCGAGCUGUGGCGUUCACCUGGGGGGAGGUACCAUCUACGUUUACACUAAAAACGGUCCCUGAUUGCACGACAUCAAGAUCUGGUUGUGCAUGUAUUUACCUCCUCCACAUGUCACAUAUUACACCUGUCAGUGGUUCCAGUCAUCUGGGAAUCCCAUCAAGUUAUCAUCUUCAUAUCUUCCUCAUCGACUCUGUGAUUCUGGCACGUCAGUUCCUUGAUGUCAUGUCCAGUCUGCUGCGGGCUAUGUGCCAACCAUAAACGCCGCAUCUGUCUGCAGCCUCGCGGGGAUCACUGCAUUGUCACUUACGCCCUGUUUACUCGCACAGGUAUGUUGUGGGGUAUGUUCCCGUGCAAAACAAAUUCCAAUAUGGAUCAGGAGAAGUCACCCCAGGACGAAGACAUACGAAGGAAAAUACACGAGGCGAUCGAGAAAAAAGAUCAUGUCCAGGUACAAGAAUGCCUCCGAGCAGCACCUCAUCUGAGGCUAUGGUUGCAUCCUAGCACGGAAAAGUCGGCCAUGUACAGAGCGGUGAAGGAGAAAGCUUUCUACAUCUACAGUCUGCUGCUGUCGCACAACAGCGACUUUAAAAGCGAGAAAGAGAGAAGAUGCUUCGACCAUUUGAACAGGAUUCAACGACGUGAACUUCAAAGACAGCGCAAGUUUGUAACGAAAUAUGAGGACUCCUACGUAAACCAGUUAAAAAGAAGGACGGCGAGUCAGACGAACAUCCCUGAGUUUGCAACGAAAGUCGACCACAUUUUGCACGUACUCGACAGCAUUGAGUUACUUCGCCCCAUUCUACAGGUAUCUGCUCUGGCGCACCAUCUAAAUAUUCGAUUCGACUUCGAGAGAUCUGAUGUUCAGCCGAUGAUAGGGUGUCGGAACAGAUCCAAUUACGGAAUAACGGACUACGCAGCGGAAGAAAUUUUUAUUGCAGCGGGGUCACUUCCUCUCAACGAAGUUAUUGGAACGCUGGCCCACGAGCUUUGUCAUUUCGCCCUCCAUGCGGUGUAUCGAAAUGGUGGAAAGCCUUAUCAUAGCCACGUUAUGGAGAGGAAACUCAAUUAUCAGAAGAUCAUUGGACAAAUUGAGAAGAGAAAAGAAAAAUUAGACGAGAUACUCAGGUUGGCCCUCGACUACGAUGAGGAGGAGGAAAUGAUUGUUCGUGUGCCUCAUAUCCUCGCUCUGCACAGCAUUCCCGGACAAGGAAUAGAAGUAUUACGGACACAGACGCCGGAAUUGCUUCAAUUCUACCAGCAGUAUAUUGUUCCGGAUCUGGUAGCACACAGCCUGAUUGCUUCUCCAAGUAAAGAUGCACAAAAUAUUAUGACGGAAAAUAUCAGACUCGACAAGGCACGCAACACCGAAGCACUUGGGGUAGUGUUUGGGGAGCCACUAGAACGCUUGAACACGGAGAAUGUUCCACUCCUGGUUCUUGCAGGUCCCGAAGUCUCGCUACUCGAGAUACUUGUUCACGAUUAUGUCAAGUCUACGGGAUUGUCAUACAUAUUCUUCGACGCGUCCCAGUAUGACGAAACCUUGGAGGAUGUGUUGGUCGUCAACAAAUGCAACCUUGUGCUUAUUACGUGCGACGAUAGAGAAAAAUUUUGUAAAAUACUCAAAGUGCUCAGGGAAAUUUCCGAUGUGGUUGGCACGAAAGUCAUUCUGAUCGUUCGAGAGGAUGAGAAAGCACACUUCGUUGAAAAAGUUCGGACCGACCAGUUCUUUUCGAGCAAGUACAAUGUCGCCGAUGUCGACACAGCGCACAUGAAAAACAUCACGCUAGAAUGCAAGGAUCGGAUCAGAAAGGCGUCCCGCAUCCGUUUCCAAGGAUGUAAUUCCAGGUUUGAACUUCAGGACGUCAUAGAUUUCGACAACUUUUCAGCUUUCAUCGAUCCCUCAACCUUCCUGGGGCUCUGUAAGACGCCUGACAUAGUCGUAGGACCCACACCUUGUGGAUUAAAACACGAUGUUGGUGAAACGUACGUCAAACGGAAACUGAAACGGUUUACUGAGGUGAACGAAGCAAAACUUCAUUCUCCCAGCGACGCAUUUGCUUUCUAUGGAUGUCCCGCAGAGACAGUUUCUAAGUUUCUUCCACCUCACCAACGGGUUCAGAAAAGUUGGUGCUGUGGCAACUUUGAAAGGUUUGUUCUUCACAACGACAUUGAGCAACACGAGUACAUGGUGAAAGCGUAUCUUCAAAACAACAAAGUGAUACAUCUGCUGCAGUACAGCGAGAUUCCGGGAAUAUCUGGCAAGACUCACUCGAAGUGCCCUGGACGUUUUCCAUUUAUGGAAGUAGUGUACCAUGACGAGGAUGACCUCCUGCAGUUACCGGAAAAAGUUGUCGUCGUCUGUGGUGCUCCCGGAAUCGGCAAGAGCGCGUUGGCAUCUCGGCUGUCCGAAGAACUGAAAAAACAUGCAGGUACGAAGAGAUGCGUGCUGCACGUGGACCUGCCAAACAAAGUUGAAUCAGUUGGCACGGAAACGGAUGCCGGAUACUUGCUACAUUUGGCCGAUUUAUGCGGAGUACAGAAAACAGGGCUGGAGUUCUUCUUGUUUCAGCAAAGUGUGCAGAAUGGGAUCCCCUUCGAGAUUUUUAUAAUUUUCGAUGCAUUUGACGAAAUCAAUCGACACUGGCGCAACUACAUUCUUAAACUUGUUGAAUAUUUAACUACAACGCAAGUUUCAAAGACCUUUAUAAUGAGCCGCACAAUUUUUAAGACCGUGAUACAGGAUACCAUUCGUACCAUUCCUUUUGAACUCGCUCCAUUUUCGUACUCUGAUAACGUUGAUUAUAUGAUAAAGCACUGGAGCGCCAAUGGAAUGACUGGCGUCUCCUACGAGGAACUACGUACAAGGGCUGAGCUGGUGCUUCAGCCGUACCUGGUGGCCAUGGGCUUCCCUAACACACCCCUUAAAAUCCCAAUGUUCACUAGAAUUAUUGCUCAGCUGGAACAAAAUUCAGAGUUCCACGAAGAGGCAAGUUUUCGCAAAAGCACCAACAUCUUUGAUAUCUACAGAACGUUCGCAGACUGCAAGUACGAAACUUACCAGAAGCAAAAGCUGCAGCUAAAGCUUAAUACGUUCGCUUCAGCUGGAGAAUAUGCCGAAAAGACUACGGAAAAAGAGUUCUACCAUGUACUAGGUCUUCUAGCUGUGAAUGCCAUUUUUGAUGACGAACUGAUCGAGACACUGACAGAGAGGAGCGUCCUGGAGCCAGGCGGACCUCUUAUGCGAGACGUGGCUGACGGUCUCAUUGGACAUGGAAUAGUUGAUGGCCUACAUGAUGGGAAUCCAACUUUCAUUCACAGGACGAUCGCCGAAUUCUUUGCAGCCCAUUUUCUGUUUUGCAAGAUUAAGAAAGCUGGAAGCAACAUUUCCAUGCUGGUGACGGCAGUGUUAGGACUGUAUGUGGAAAGUAACUAUGAGCAGGUUGUGAUGUUCCUCGAUCAUUUCGCAACCGAAUCCUUCCCCUUGCAUUCCGCGAUUAUCCGUGGAGAUACUUCCUCUCUAACAGGCAUCAGAGAAGAAGACGUGUACGAGCUAGACCAUCUAGAUCGAACGCUACUCCACGUAGCGGCGCUGCAUGCAGACCCAGCAACCCUGAAGGCGCUCCCAGUUAACGAGUCACCGAUACGGAAAGACAAGCUUGGAAUGACUCCCAUCAUGUACGCAGAAAAACUGCGAGAAGGGAGUGUAUUCGACAUAAUCUGUGACUGCUUCUCCAAUGCUAGCUCCGACUUGGCCGAAGAGUUUCCGACCGCCUUCAGAAAUGCCACGACAGAGAAAUCUCUCCGGAAGUCUGUGUUCUACGAAGUCGUAAAGGCGAACCGCUAUUCCCCGUUAAGGCUCCUUCUGAGCGGAUUGUGCAGGAAACGCAGCGAGUGUCGUCAGGGAAUUAAUCCCGAUCUUGUAGACGUCGAUACUAUCAGGGAUGAGGAGGGGAGAACUCUAUUGUUUUACGCAAAUACGACGGCUGUGCUGGAACUGCUCCUGCCAUACUGUGACCUUCUGGCAAUAGAUAAAUAUGGCUAUACUGUGUUGCAUUAUAGAAUCACGUGGCAUCAACAGAAAAGCCCGUCUUCUCUCGGGACGAUUGCCUUCGAGGAGGUAGAGUUUCUUUUUCUCCAUUCCACUGCAGAUUUUCGGAAGAGCUGGGAGACAACUCAUUUUCAGCAGACAACAGAAGAAGUGGAGACCAAGUUAGUGAAAUUGUUGCUGCUCCGAUCGCUGAGGAGUCCCGCCGCAACGUGGCGCUCGAUGCUGCUGCAAUCCUCAUGCCAGCUUCACGUCAUCAACUUGCUUCUUCCUCAUGCCUUGAUGUGCAAUCCUGCAGUGAACACAGUCUUUUCACCUUAUUCGAGCGACAAAUCGAAGGCUACCGGAGGCGCCCAGUUGGAUUUGUGGAGACCAGGCAGUCAACUGCUUUAUUACUCACCCCAGAAAAUAUGCGAAGUCGUGCAGCGUUCGCACGAUACUCAACUUGAAAAACUUAAAGUCUUGGUUCCUUAUUUCGAAACCGGCGAUCUUAUUAAAUAUACGAUGCAGUUCAUAUCGUCGGAUAUACUCUACGAGGCAAAGAACCUUGCCGUGCUGAAACACGUACUUCUCCGUUUCGACACUUUGUUUACGGACAAAGACGACUACGCAGCAUUGCACCUCUGUGCUAGACUUGGAAAGGUAGACGAAAUCAAGAUGUUACUUCCCCAUUUGAAUCUCUUUGUUACAGAUAAAGAAGGACGAAGCGCUUCCCAACUUUCAUGCGUAGCAUCGAGAAAAGAAGUGACUGACUUGUUUGAUCGGUGGACGAUGAAGACUAAAAAAGCAGGACAAUGCGCUCCAUGAAGCAACGUCGUCAGCAUUGCGUCAUGUGAUUAUUCACGCACGAGGACGUUAUUGACGAAGAAUAAAUACGACCAAGUUUUCAUUAUAUUGUGGUAAUUAGUGUCUUACAGGUGUUUUUUAUACAGAUUUUGCAGUAAAAAAACUGUAAGGGCUAUAGACAUUCUGUUUUCACUUCUAUCAUCUCUGGGCCGGCGGACGUUCUUGGUCAUCUGUUGUUCGACCCUCGAAUGGCUAAUUACCUAAAAAUCGUUACUUAACUCUAAUUUUAAAAGCUACGAAGCUGUUCCAAUGAGAACAUCUCUUCCUUUUGGUCACCAGAUAUCGUAACCGUUUUCAGAGCAUCCAGUCGGUAGAUCGUCCGCAAAUAUUCUGGAAGGAACACCAUUUUCUUCUUAUUUUGUUCAUUGUAGAACGCAUGUUUUUGUUUCGUUUCCGCAACUUCGAGCUCAUGUUCGACGCAUGAGGUCGCAUUGUGCUCCUUCAGCCUCUCCCAUGGAGGUGAAGGAAAGACGCAUCUCCG